GUCAUCCUCCACUCCAGCCAUUGGGCCCCCCACCCCCACCCCCUGUGCUGGCUGCACUUCUGUGGUGGCUUCAGCUGUUGAGCCCAGGCAUCUUCCCACAGCCCCCCACCCCCGGCUAUUUUGGUAUCUCUGAAGUGGGCCUUCACUAUGAAACAGUCCAAGGGGGCCAGGAACUAUGUGUUCUACGCACAGCACCCAGAGAAGGAGGAGGAGGUGCCCUCAUGGUUUGAGAUCAAGCAGACCCCUGUGGUCAUGGCCACAAUCAAAGGUCCAGGGCCUGCCAAGUACCUCCGGCCAUCCUGUACUGGCUAUAUAGCCCAUGACAUCUCCAUGUUCCAGGAGCCAGCUUAUAGUCUGCACAGGCGGCACACUAAGAAACGGAUCAUAGACAUAAGUAGCCCUGGACCUUGCUAUUUCUUGGAUCCCAAAGCAACUCGUUUUGGAAUAUCUACCUGUCCCCAGGUCCCCAUGGAGGAGCGCAUCGCCAGCCUACGCAUAAAUUGCACACCAUCCUCCUGCCAGUACAACCCUGAGAAGACUCGACCCCCUGGGGAACGUAGGCCUCCCCAGUACACUUUUGGCUACCGGUGUCCAUAUAGAGUGAUGGACCCCAACCCGGCUUCUAACAAGUACCAGCUGCCACUCACGUUGGGGCCCAACACCCCUGUCUUCCGAGCUGCCCCUUCCUAUAGUCUGGCUUCCACAAACAAGAAUUGGUUCCACAAGGAGAAUAUAGCAGGGGGUCCUGGACCUGCUGUGCAUACGCGACCUGAGCCGUCUGUCUACCAGAACCGCAGCCCCGUGUUUAGCAUGGCCAAGCGCUUUGGCUUUCCUCUGGACCACACGCGUCGGCCUGGCCCUGGCUCCCACAACAUCCAGCCGGUCACUGUGCACAAGCCCCGAAUACCUGCCUUCACCAUGGGCAUCAAACACUCACCCCACUUGUGCCCACUGAUUGUGGACAUUCGUGACUGAGGCCUCUGUUGGUGCAUGCCCUCUCACCUCACAGAUGUUAUUUUCCUAGAUCACACUGAGCAACUCGAACAUGGAUUCCUCUAGCAGAGCUUGUGCCUGCUGAGUGGCUAGAACACAGAGGCAUUGGAUAAAUAUUUUUGUUUAUUCAUU